AUGUCCGCCACCGAACAACGGUACCCACAAAUCGACAAAGAAGCUCUCGCCAUCGUUUGGGCGGUAAAGAAAUUCUUCCACUACCUAUACGCGCGUAAGUUCACGCUGAUAACGGAUCAUAAGCCGCUUACGCAAAUCCUCCAUCCAGAAAAAUCACUCCCUACGCUGUGUAUUAGUCGAAUGGCAAACUACGCCGAUUACCUGGCUCACUUCAAUUUCGACGUGGUCUACAAACCAACCAGUCAAAAUACGAAUGCCGACUACUACUCCAGAAUCCCAAGCCAAACGGUACAAUCUGAUGUCAAUCGCUUGUCUCUCCACGAGGGAAGAAAUAACGAAGACGAGUUUGAACAGUUUUCCUUACAUCAGAUUCAGCAACUGCCAGUGCGAGCGGAACACAUUGCACGUGAGUCACGAAAGGACACGAACCUUGGAAGGAUCAUUCAAGAACUGGAAUUGGGACGAAAUUUAAUGCAGCUGGGUUACAAGGCACCGGAAGCAAAAUACACCCUAGUUGCUAACUGUCUACUCUUUGAGCACCGUGUUGUCAUACCACCUACUCUUCGGCAAACGAUCUUGAACGACCUUCACGUGGGACACAUUGGAAUCGUCAAAAUGAAGGGAUUGGCACGUUCUUUCGUAUACUGGCCAGGGAUAGACGCCGACAUCGAAAACACGGCAAGAUCCUGUACGGAAUGUGCACAACAUGCAUCAGCACCACCGAAAUUCAACACACAUCAUUGGGAGUACCCGAACGGUCCAUGGGAGCGAAUACACGUCGACUACGCUGGCCCAGUGGCAGGUUCGAUGCUACUAAUCGUCGUCGACGCAUAUAGCAAAUGGGUCGAAGCUAAAAUCACCAACUCAACUACAACUGCUGCCACGAUCAGUCUUCUCGAUGGAUUGUUUGCCGCCUACGGAGCACCAAUAACAGUUGUAUCGGACAACAGUCCUCAAUUUACUGGCGAGGAAUUCAAAUCGUUUCUCCAGCGUAGCGGAGUGAAGUACCACAAGCUCUCUGCGCCCUACCAUCCCGCAACAAACGGACAAGCCGAGCGCUACGUCCAGACUGUAAAAAAUGCACUUAAGUCGAUGGGAUCAACCAGCAAUACUCUGCAAGCCAACACCAACGAAUUCCUGCAGCAGUAUCGAAAAGUUCCUCAUUCCGAAACCGGAGAAUCACCAGCAAAGUUAUUUCUUGGUCGAAACAUCCGAAUCCGGUUGGAUCUCGUCAGACCACAGGAUGUCAGCACGAAGAUAGCGGAAAAACAACGAGCAACGUUUGACUCGUCGUUUCGUUCCUUCACACCGGGACAUCACGUUUACUGCCUGUCGGGAAAUCCUCGAAUGGACAAGUGGAUACCAGGAAUUGUAUCAGCUCGUCUGGAAGAUCUCAACUACGACAUUGUUUACGAAGGACAACAUCUAAAACGUCAUGUUGAUCAAAUUCGACGUUUCCACGACAACGAGUGCAGCCAGCAGUGCACCCAGUCUCCAAGUGAAUCAAGCUCGAAUAGAACCCUACAAUUUCCACUGAAUGGAACAGGUGAGGCAUCUCGUCGUACACAUUUUUAUCGAGAUAUCGUGACGUCACCGCAAUUCGACCGAGAAUCAAGUUCAUCGUCAGAAUCGUCGUCUGAGGGAUCCGACACACCAAAUGGACGGUUCUUAACACCGAAUAGCAGUCCAGGCCGGUCAAUCGAAGGCUUACCACCAGUAUUGCGUCGUUCGGAAAGACAAAGUCGCCCACCGCGUCGAUAUUCUCCAUAG